UCGGGGGCACAUCCUGCUCCUCCCUUGCAGUGCAGAGCAGCUCCAGGCUGUGCACUGUGUCUGCGGGCCCAGGAGCCAGCAAAAUGCUGGCACGGAUGGAGCACAGAGGUGUGCAAAGCAGAGGGUUUGUGCAGGGGGAUGGCGCUGCCCCAGCGUCCUGCUGUGCGCUGGAGGGGCAGCGAGGUUUUGCUCUCGGUGCAGAACAAAGGCAGUGGGUUUGGCGCUGCUUUCCCAGCAUGGAAAGCAAAUGUUCCUUCCAACAGGCAGCUCCUGCAUGCAGUGUCUGCAAGGCACGAGGCCCGUCCUGUGGCAGAUAUGCGGAGUGGCCGUCCCGUUUCCCGCCCCAGUCUGAAGCAUUUGGUAGAAAAAAUUGUCCUUAAACACAGUCCUGAAAUGAGGAUUCAUGGGUGGCACUGCGUUAAUGGAUUGAGUCACCCCACUGUCACCUCCCACAAAAACAAACCACGGCCAAUUUGCAUGUGAGAUAGCCAAGUUUGUCUCCAUUGGAUGGGUGAUGGAGCCCUGAGCUGGGGGCUGGCCCUGUGCUUAAGCAUCUGAAUGGAAAGUUGGGGUUGGACCCAAAUGCCAGAGGGAGACCGACCCGUGUGUGUGUGUGUGGCUGCAGGGAUGGACCUGUCGGCCAACCAGGAUGAGGAGGGCGACCAGGAGACCUACCAGUUGGAGAUCAACAAGGACACCAAGAAAUGCGCCUUCCGCACCUACACGGGCAAGUACUGGACCCUCACCUCCAACGGGGGCAUCCAGUCCACCGCCUCCACAAAGAACGCCAGCUGCUACUUCGACAUCGAGUGGUGUGACAAGCGCAUCACCCUGCGGGCUGCCAACGGCAAAUACGUGACAGCAAAGAAGAACGGGCAGCUGGCAGCCUCCAUGGAGACAGCAGGUGAGACGGAGCACUUUGUGAUGAAGCUGAUCAACAGACCCAUCAUCGUGCUGCGUGGUGAGCACGGCUUCAUCGGCUGCCGGAAGGUGACCGGCACCCUGGACUCCAACCGCUCCUCCUAUGAUGUCUUCCAGUUGGAGUUCAAUGAUGGAGCUUACAACAUCAAGGAUACCACUGGGAAGUACUGGAUGGUGGGCAGCGAGUCGUCCGUCACCAGCAGCAGCGAUACGCCCGUGGACUUCUUUUUUGAGUUCUGCGACUAUAACAAAGUGGCCAUCAAAAUCAAUGGCAAAUACCUGAAGGGUGACCACGCCGGGGUCCUCAAGGCAUCCGCCGACACCAUCGACGCCUCCACCCUCUGGGAAUAUUAAUGCACUUUAGCGUUCCUCCCAUUGCCAACCUCUCUUUCCCCCGUCUGUGGUUUUUUUUUGUUUGUUUGUUUGUUUGUUUUUGGUUUAAUUUCUCCUCUCUGUACAAGGAUUUCCAGCCUGGCUUGCCCUCCCCGUAGAGCCCAGUGCGUGGUGUUGGAGGUGGUCUCCCUUCAUCUCAUUAGGAACUGGAUCAGUCGCCCAGCAGUGCGGUGCAGCCUAUCAUUCCAAAGGGGUUUUUUCCCCUCAUCUCUGCUCGUGCCCACCCUGGCCCCGAGCAUCACCUCGGCCCUUCUAUUUUCCCUUCCCCUAUCGGAAAAAAAGAAACAAAA